CCGCCGCCGCCGCCGCCGCAGCCCGGCCCUGGAGCGCGGAGCCGGGGGCACCGGCCUCGCAGCCUGUCCACCUUUUGGCUGCAGCGGGCAUGGGGGACCGCUGAGAGCGGGCACUCCCUCCGUCUGGCACCUCCCCAGGCCGCCGGCCCCUGGGCUCGGCCCCCCAGCCUCGGCCACCUCUGGCCCCAGUCCGGCGCCCGGCACGGCCCCCGGCUCUGCGCCUCCGGCCCUGGGCACCGUGUCCCCGCCCCCCCCGCCCGCGCCCGGGACACCUGGGUCCCCCGGCGGCCCCUAGGAGAGGGGCGGGGGGGGGCAUGAAGCCACUGGAGAAAUUUUUGAAGAAGCAGACGUCGCAGCUGGCGGGGCGGACGGUGGCGGGAGGUCCGGGCGGGGGUCCGGGCGGCUGCGGGGGGCCCGGCGGGGGCGGGGGGCUCGGCGGGGGCGGGGGUCCGGGCGCAGGGCCGCGGCCGCUGCAGCGGCGGCAGAGCGUGUCUCGCCUGCUGCUCCCAGCUUUCCUCCGGGAGCACCCCGCAGAGCCAGGGCUGGAGCCACCCCUGGAGGAGGAAGGAGGAGAGCCCAUGGGGGUCUCGGAGGAGCCGGGCAAUGGGGGUCCCUGUUGGCUGCAGCUAGAGGAGGUGCCCGGGCCAGGGCCGCUCGGGGGUGGGGGACCCCUGCGCUCCCCUUCUUCGUACUCCUCAGAUGAGCUGUCCCCGGGCGAGCCCCUGACGUCGCCCCCCUGGGCCCCCCUGGGCGCCCCCGAGCGGCCGGAGCAUCUUCUGAACCGGGUUCUGGAGCGGCUGGCCGGAGGGGCCACCAGGGACAGCGGCGCCUCAGAUAUCCUGCUCGAUGACAUCGUCCUUACCCAUUCCCUCUUUCUCCCAACGGAGAAAUUCCUGCAAGAGCUACACCAGUACUUUGUUCAGGCAAAGGGUGUGGAGGGCCCUGAGGGGCUGGGCCGAAAGCAGGCCUGUCUAGCUAUGCUUCUCCAUUUCUUGGACACUUACCAGGGGCUGCUGCAAGAGGAAGAGGGGGCCGGCCACAUCAUCAAGGAUCUGUACCUGCUAAUUAUGAAGGAUGAGUCCCUUUAUCAAGACCUCCGUGAGGACACACUGAGGCUGCAUCAGCUUGUGGAGACAGUGGAGCUGAAGAUUCCAGAGGAGAGCCAGCCGCCCAGCAAGCAGGUUAAACCACUCUUCCGCCACUUCCGCCGGAUAGACUCCUGUCUGCAGACCCGAGUGGCCUUCCGAGGCUCGGAUGAAAUCUUCUGCCGGGUUUACAUGCCUGACCACUCUUACGUGACCAUACGCAGUCGCCUCUCAGCAUCUGUGCAGGACAUUCUGGGCUCUGUGACGGAGAAGCUACAGUAUUCAGAAGAACCUGCAGGACGUGAGGAUUCCCUCAUCCUGGUAGCUGUGGCCUCCUCAGGAGAGAAGGUCCUGCUCCAACCCAGUGAAGAUUGUGUUUUCACCACGCUGGGAAUCAACAGCCAUCUGUUUGCCUGUACUCGUGACAGCUAUGAGGCCCUGGUACCCCUCCCUGAGGAGAUUCAGGUCUCCCCUGGAGACACAGAGAUCCACCGAGUAGAGCCAGAAGAUGUGGCCAACCACCUCACUGCCUUCCACUGGGAGCUGUUCCGAUGUGUGCACGAGCUGGAGUUUGUGGACUACGUGUUCCAUGGGGAGCGUGGGCGCCGGGAGACGGCCAACCUGGAGCUGCUGCUACAGCGCUGCAGCGAGGUCACGCACUGGGUGGCCACCGAGGUGCUGCUCUGCGAGGCCCCGGGGAAACGUGCACAGCUGCUCAAGAAGUUCAUCAAGAUCGCUGCCAUCUGCAAGCAGAACCAGGACCUCCUGUCUUUCUACGCUGUUGUCAUGGGGCUGGACAACGCAGCCGUCAGCCGUCUGCGGCUCACCUGGGAGAAGCUGCCAGGGAAAUUCAAGAACUUGUUCCGCAAAUUUGAGAACCUAACGGACCCCUGUAGGAACCACAAAAGUUACCGAGAAGUGAUCUCCAAAAUGAAGCCUCCUGUGAUUCCCUUUGUACCGCUAAUCCUCAAAGACUUGACCUUCCUGCACGAGGGGAGUAAGACCCUUGUAGAUGGUUUGGUGAACAUCGAGAAGCUGCAUUCAGUGGCCGAGAAAGUAAGGACUAUCCGCAAAUACCGGAGCAGGCCCCUCUGCCUGGACAUGGAGGCCUCCCCCCAUCAUCUGCAGACCAAGGCCUAUGUGCGCCAAUUUCAGGUCAUCGACAACCAGAAUCUCCUCUUCGAGCUCUCCUACAAGCUAGAGGCUAAUAGUCAGUGAGAGCGGAAGGGCCUGGUCUCCCCUCACAGGGUCUUUGGCACCUGGCACUCAAGCACUUUGCACAAUGUCCCAACCAGCCCACAUGGGAUAGCUUUCCCCUGGGGGCAAUUCCUGCUUCAGAAGGAAGAGUUGGAUGGACUUACAGGACUCCUAAGCCUGUUCAUCCUGCUGAAGUCACCCUUGUUCCUUCAAGUCCCAACGACACUUUGCUGGCCCGCCCUCUCCAGGAAAGAAGGCCAAGAGCUCCUUCCUCUGUCCCUUCCCAGUGAGGUCUGGUCCAGAGAUGGAGUUUCCAGUCUUUGUUCCCAAGCAGGAGGAAGUGGCCACCUCCAGGAUCAGAGAGGCAUUAUGGGAGGGAUUAGCUGCCUUCUUCCCUGCCACCUGUCUAGCUUCCCUUUGGUCAGGGCUGGGAGCCCUGUAUGCACCCCCCCCCCGUGUGUGUGUAUGUGUG